GAACCCGACGAUGUUACGGUUUCUCGUAUACGCUUCCAAAAGUUUGAAAGUCGAUAAAACUUUCUGAAACUUUACUUCGAAAGUUCACAAGUGGAAAUUUUCAAGAUGAAAAGUCGUAACAUUAUGAUCCCGUCGUGGGCCGAAGGUCACGGUGCAUCGAGCAUCGCCGGUACUUCCAGGCUGAGGGGCGGCACGCGGGUGCUUGCGGCGGGCUCCGCUGACCGACUAAAAUAGGAAAUGCCAGGAUCAGAAAGGCUUCAAGUGAAAUGCGAACUGCCAUCAGACGAAGAAGAAAGUAAUUCACAAUUCGCUCAUUCAUUUGGUCAUCAGCUCACAUCAGAAUACGUCCCUAUUAAAUUGGAACCUAAUUUACAAGUAGACGACAAUGCAUCGUCGAAUCUCUUGCAUCAUUUACAGUGUGUUGAAGGCGCGCUGGAAGAGCUAGUGCCUGCGCCGGCUGCACCCACCGCCACGCCUGUAUGUGAACAACUGCCUUCCACCAAUGAUGCCUCCUUCGCGACACUAGAACCGGCCUCAUAUACUACUGCUGAGGGGUCAUCACUCAUCGACAGGCAUAUACAAAUGAUGAGCACCAGUGAAGUGGCCGAUUCAUCGGAUUUUGUGCCUCUGAUGGCCAUCAAAGAUGAACCCACGUCGGAAGGAGAGCAGCAACAUUUAAGUGGUGACGAUACAAGCGAUUCAGGCGGUCCACCACAUGAGUCCUUAAGUCGCGGCAGUCCUAAGAGCUGGACUCAACAGGACAUGGAGAAGGCUUUGGAAGCUUUGAGGAAGCAUAAUAUGAGUUUAACAAAAGCAUCAGCGACCUACGGUAUACCGUCAACGACCCUCUGGCAGAGGGCACAUCGGUUAGGCAUCGACACUCCGAAAAAGGAAGGUGCGUCUAAGUCCUGGAGCGAGGCAGACCUGCGCGGGGCGCUGCAUGCACUAAGAGCGGGUGCUAUAAGUGCCAACAAAGCUAGCAAGGCUUAUGGAAUCCCUAGCAGUACUCUAUACAAGAUAGCUCGUCGCGAAGGCAUCCGCCUGGCAGCGCCUUUCAACGCCGCGCCGACCGCGUGGAGACGCGCGGACUUGGAGCGAGCUCUACAAGCUAUCCGAUGCGGCGCCGCCUCCGUGCAACGAGCCGCCACGCAGUUCGGAAUACCCACAGGAACUCUGUAUGGGCGAUGCAAGCGAGAAGGCAUCGAGUUGUCUCGUUCCAAUCCCACUCCGUGGUCAGAAGAUGCCAUGGGGGAAGCAUUGGAAGCUGUUAGAGUGGGUCAAAUGUCUAUAAACCAAGCAGCGAUCCACUAUAACCUGCCUUACUCGUCUUUGUACGGACGCUUCAAACGCUGCAAAUAUCAACCUAUGCAGAACCAACCAAUUCAACAAGACAUACCAACACACUCCGACACGGAAAACCAGCCACAAGACUUGUAUUAUCAACAGAUGUCCCAAACUAUGCUCGCGGAGGAUAUACAAAGCCCCUACAUGAACGAUAUGGAGACUUCGCAUAUUCAGUACGCACAGAUGUACUACACUCCGUGCAAUGUGUCCAGCUGAGACCUUGCCCCCACCACGCAGGGGCAAUGACGACUAAUUACAUGAAAAUAUAUGUGAAAAACUCUAAACAAAAAAAAAAUUAACCGAGAAGUUACGUGGUUGGAUACCCGACAGAAGCGAAGCUUCUCAUACAUUGUUGUACAUUAUAAAUCUUGUACUGUCUCUCUUACUCGCAUUGACAAAUGAGAGAGUAAGAAAAUACAACAGGAUUUUCAUCUUGACAAAAUGAAUAUCUGAAAAAUUCGCUAAAAUAAUCUAUUUUUAUUUUCAUUGAUUAAGUACUUUCUCUCAUUUAUACUGUAUUGUGGUCACUCAGAUUGGCACUAAUGAAAUGUGAUCAGCCAAUAAGAUGUGUUUUAUCACCGUGUUCGUU